AUGGAGGGCUCAUGCCAUGGGAGCACUUGCAACAGCCGCAGCCGGCUCCUGCCUGAGCAUUUCUGCACCAAGGAGAGGCAGCUGUCACACAGCUGGAGUAUGAUGGUGGACCUUUCCAAAGACAUCCAGCACUGGGAGUCCCUGAAGCCUGAGGAGAAGUACUUCAUUUCUCACGUCCUCGCCUUCUUUGCUGCCAGUGAUGGCAUUGUCAAUGAGAACUUGGUGGAGCGGUUCAGUCAAGAAGUACAAGUUACAGAAGCUCGUUGUUUCUAUGGCUUCCAGAUUGCCAUGGAAAAUAUACAUUCAGAAAUGUACAGUCUUCUUAUUGACACCUACAUUAAGGAUUCUAGAGAGAGGGAAUUUCUUUUUAAUGCUAUUGAAACAUUGCCAUGUGUUAAAAAGAAGGCUGACUGGGCCAUGUGCUGGAUUGGGGACAAGAAAGCAACGUACGGAGAACGUGUAGUUGCCUUUGCAGCUGUGGAAGGAAUCUUCUUUUCUGGCUCGUUUGCAUCAAUUUUUUGGCUGAAGAAAAGAGGAUUAAUGCCUGGACUCACUUUUUCUAAUGAACUCAUCAGUAGAGAUGAGGGUUUGCACUGUGAUUUUGCCUGCCUCAUGUUCAAGCACCUGAUACACAAACCAUCAGAGGAGAGAGUAAGGGAAAUCAUUAUGAAUGCUGUUCUCAUAGAGCAGGAAUUCUUGACGGAGGCACUGCCUGUGAAGCUGAUCGGCAUGAACUGCACUUUAAUGAAACAGUACAUAGAGUUUGUGGCAGACCGGCUGAUGUUGGAACUGGGAUUUAACAAGAUAUACAAAGCAGAGAAUCCUUUUGACUUCAUGGAGAACAUAUCUUUGGAAGGCAAGACCAAUUUCUUUGAGAAGCGAGUAGGUGAAUAUCAGAGGAUGGGAGUCAUGUCAAAGCCCACAGACAACUCUUUCACCCUGGAUGCAGAAUUUUAGAUGAACUGAGACCAUAUGUGUUAAUGUACAUAACACCCUGUUUACAGGGAAUCAUUCAAUAUAUUGAGUCACAGUGUGACUUGAUUUCAUUACUAAAAUCCCAUUCUUGUAAAGUAUGGUGAUAUUGGUAUAUUUUAGGAGGCUGGUGUAGCUCCAACAGUAAAAUCCCUUUUAGACUUUGCCAAUGGUGCUGAUGCGUAGAAUGUUUAGAUGUAUCUUACAGUACAUGCUAUUCCAUUUCAUGAAAGAUACAGGCACUUCAUUCUGCAAGAUGGGAGGUUGUGGGCACUGACCCCUGGCUUCUGCUGUUCUCAUCAUAAACAAAGGAACUGUUGUAAAUUUGUCAAAUAGUCUGUAGAAAAUUCUGGAGGCAACUACAUGAUCUCACUGCUUUCUUAGCAGGUUUUAAGUUUACCUUUUUUUUACUAUUGUUUUAAUAGUUUGUACAUAACCUUGGCACUUUAAUGUGUAAAAUAAACAACUGUCUUGUAAUACUCAA